AUGGCUGAUGUUCCAGGGAUUCCUCGUCUUGAAUUGAAGUCCGAAGCCACUGACAAUGCCAAAUCUGGCAGCCUCACUAAUAGGAAGCGUUUCGACGGGCCCAGUCUUCUCAGUCAACGAAAGCUCAUUUGCCUGUUCAAGAGCUUGGACACCAAGCUGCAAGAGGCUUUCUUUAGAAUUUCCUUGGCCGGAUUAAAUGACAUCCGCAAAGAGUUCUCGGCAAACUUCGUGAUGGACUUGGCCCUUUGGGUCUGUUGGCACCGAUUGUUUGACCAUAGUUGA